AACAGGUUUUAAUAUUUUUUUCUCCUGAAACUGUUCAGGGCCAGUGUUUGUUGUCUUCAGUUGUUUUGGAAGAAAGGAAGGAUUUCACUCUUCAGCUUUAACACACAAAGAGCUUUGCUUCAUGUGACCUUACUCCCACAGAUUCUGUGCCUUAAACUGAGAAUGUCACUAGAGAUGUUCAGCAUCUUUGUGAAGCCUGCUUGGUGUGAAUGCAGUACUUAAAGAAGUGGGUGGAAUCUCCUUGAAUAAAAGAAGAGAUGGAGGUGCCAACAGUCUGCAGCCAAGAUAAUGGUGUGUCUCAUGUUCUGACUCUAGUGCUACAAGAACUGAGUUUGCUCUGUAAAAGAGAUGUCAAUGGUGUUGGCAUGUUAUAUGACCUGCUCAGAUCUCGCUGGCUGCAAGCACUUUUAAAGAUUUAUGAAUGCCUCCAACAGUACCUCGGAAAAAGACCAGCUCCUGUCACGCUGCAGGCACGUGCAUUGGCUCGUGAGGUGGUGGAGUUACUGCGUGAAGCUCCUCAGUCUGGAGAGAUCAAAGAGCUAAGACGACUACUGCGAGCUCCACACUUCAAGGCCUUGCUCUCUGCUCAUGAUACUGUGGCCCAGAAAGAUUUUGAACCAACCCUUCCACCACUGCCAGACAACAUCCCUGAAAAUGAGGAAGCUAUGAGGAUUGUCUGCUUAGUGAAAAACAACCAGCCUCUGGGUGCCACCAUUAAACGCCACGAGAUAACAGGUGACAUAACGGUUGCCCGUGUGAUCCAUGGUGGGCUAGCAGACAGAAGUGGGUUGCUGUACGCUGGAGACAAACUGGUGGAAGUAAAUGGAGUUCCUGUUGAGGGACUUGAGCCUGAGCAAGUUAUUAAUAUUCUGGCCCUGUCUCAGGGGACAAUUAUGUUCAAAUUAAUUCCAGUUUCUGAUCGACCUGUCAGCAACCAAACAACAGUCUAUGUGCGAGCAAUGGCAGAUUACUGGCCCUUGCAAGAUCCUGCCAUACCAUGUGCUGACGCAGGUUUGCCUUUUAAGAAGGGUGAAAUACUCCAGAUUGUGGACCAGAAUGAUGCUUUCUGGUGGCAGGCCAGGAAAGUUUCAGAUCUCAGUGCCUGUGCUGGACUUAUACCCUCAAAUCAUCUUCUUAAACGGAAGCAGCGAGAAUUCUGGUGGUCACAGCCUUUCCAGCCCCAUCUCUGUCUCAAGUCAUCACUGCUAAGCACUGUGGAAGAAGAGGAUGACAUGCAGAUUGAUGAAAAAUGUGUGGAAACAGAAGAAGAAGAAUUUGGUGAAUUUGGCCAACGAGUCUUUAUUGCUGGUUUCCGCAGAAGCAUGCGUCUGUGUCGCAGGAAAUCCCGCACCAACCAGCAGUCGUGUUACGCUCGGUGCCCCAGCAGCUGUUACAGCUCUCUUGCUGCUCCAUAUGAAGAAGUGGUGAGGUACCAGCGGCACCCAGCAGACCGGAACAGACUAAUUAUACUAGUUGGUCCUGCAGGAGUUGGUGUGAAUGAACUAAGGCGAAGGCUUAUCGCAAGUAACCCACGAGAGUUUCGAAGUGCCGUACCUCACACCACUCGUGUUCAGAAGAGUUAUGAAAUGAAUGGUCGUGAAUAUCACUACGUAUCAAAGGAAACUUUUGAAAACAUGGUGUAUAGCCACAAAAUGCUGGAAUAUGGGGAAUACAAAGGGUACCUGUAUGGUACCAGUAUUGAUGCAGUGAGAACAGUCCUCGAUGAGGGGAAGAUCUGUGUCAUAGAUUUAGAACCACAGGGCAUACAAGUAGCCCGGACUCAUGAAUUAAAGCCCUACAUUAUAUUUAUCAAGCCAUCCAGCAUAAGCUGCAUGAGGCAGACUCGUAAAAAUGCCAGGAUCAUUACGGAUUAUUAUGUGAACAUGAAAUUCAAGGAAGAAGAUUUACAGGAGAUGGAAGAUUCGGCUAAGAAAAUAGAAGCUCAGUUUGGUCAGUUCUUUGAUCAAGUGAUUGUGAAUGACAAUUUACAAGAAGCAUCUGCGCAGCUGCUGUCUGCAGUCCAUCGUGCACAGGAUGAGCCCCAGUGGGUCCCUGCAAUAUGGAUUUGCUCAGACACCCAGCCCUAAUUCUGAGCAGCAGGCAGCUUCAGAAAGAUUACAGCUUAUGUUUCACUUCAAGAAUAAUCCUAAUGUCAGGAUUGCAAGAAUUUAUCUUUGUACGUGAGGGAUUUGGAAGAGGAUUAGGAAAGAAGCUGCUACAGGAGAUAUAAUCAUACUAUGUUCUGUGUAGCUCUUCUGCUUUUUAUGGCACAGUUGCAUCCACUUUUGUACAAAAAAGGAAAUAUUGUGAGCGCUCAAUUACAAGAAUAAAGAAAAAUCUAUUUUGUUGCAUGUA